AAGUGGAUUGGUGACAAUUAAGUGAAUGUGACUGUUUAAUGUGAUUUGGUUUGCUGUUUGGAUUUUACCUUGUUAUUUCAAAAAAAAAAAAACAGUCGCAAAACCGAAACUUUUAGUGGCACAUACAAACGAAACUAUUUGGGGUGAAUUUGGAGCAUUGCAGGGAAGGGGGCUAUGUACAAAGCAUUGUAGGAUUUUUUUUUUUUUUUUGUACAAAGCAUUUAGGCAGGGGUGAGUCAGUGGUUAAGAUGUUGCACUACUGAUCACAAGAAGUGCACAUCCCAGUACUGCCAAACUGUUACUGCUGGGCCCUCGAGCAAGGCCCUUUAACCUAAACUGCUCAGUUGUCAAACACUGAUCCUCCAUAACAUUAAAACCACUGACGGGUGAAGUGAAUAACAUUGAUUAUCUUGUCAAGGAGUGGGAUACAUUAGGCAGCAAGUGAACAGUCAGUUCUCAAAGCUGAUGUGCUGGAAGCAAGAAAAAUGGGCAAGCAUUAUAUUAAAUAUUCAAGAUAUUGAACAUUUUUGCCUGCAACACCCCUGCCCCCUAAUUUUCAAUGUGGUCUCAGACUUUUGGACCCCACUAUAUACCCUACACCUUUUUAGUGUUUCUCCUACUCCCAACACACCUCAUUCAACUAAUCAGUUAAGGAGUAGGAGCAGGGGAAAGGACUAAAAUGUGCAGGAACUGUAAUAGUGGUUCCGUGUUGCAAAGCUGUAAUUCAUCAGUUGGGAUUUUGCAAUGAGCAAACAGGAAAUUCCACAGCAAACGAAGGAGCACUUGCGCCAAGCCACGCCCACAAUGGGCGUGACCACACACACACACACACAUACACACAGUUUGUAUCCCCGGAAGGUCGUUCAGGCGCUCUGCUCACAGCAAAGGAUUAAAGAAGUUUUAAAGGCUGAUGUGGGUCACCGAGUGCCCUAAACCUUUCUAUACGUGUUAGAGAGUUAGGCUGUUUGCUUUAGUGGCUGGAGUUUCCGUGUUUACUCGGAUUUAAAAUGAAUUCUCGGGGUUUGGAGAAGCUCCGGAUGACGGGUGCUGGGAAAGCCAUAGCCGUGCUGACCAGUGGAGGAGAUGCGCAAGGUAUGAACGCCGCUGUCCGUGCUGUCACUCGGAUGGGUAUAUAUGUUGGAGCCAAGGUGUAUCUGAUUUAUGAGGGUUACCAGGGUCUGGUGGAUGGGGGAGACAAUAUCAAACUGGCUCACUGGCACAGCGUAACCAACAUCAUCCAGCUGGGUGGGACAGUGAUAGGCAGCGCCCGCUGUAAAGCCUUCACCACACGGGACGGCCGCCUGGCUGCCGCCUUUAACCUUGUGAAACGAGGGAUCACCAACCUCUGUGUGUGUGGAGGUGACGGCAGCCUUACAGGAGCUAACAUCUUCCGAAGCGAGUGGAGCGGACUACUCGCCGAGCUGGAAGCCAAAGGCAGGAUCUCUGCUGAGACGGCAAAGCAGUACAGUCACCUAAACAUCGUGGGUUUGGUGGGUUCCAUCGAUAACGACUUCUGUGGUACUGACAUGACCAUCGGAGCAGACUCAGCCCUCCAUCGCAUCAUCGAUAUCGUGGACGCCAUUUGCACCACCGCUAUAAGCCAUCAGCGCACAUUUGUCCUGGAGGUAAUGGGACGACACUGCGGAUAUCUGGCUCUGGUGUCUGCGUUAGCGUCUGGAGCAGACUGGCUCUUUAUUCCUGAAGCUCCUCCAGAGGAUGACUGGGAGGAUGUUAUGUGCACUCGGCUUGGAGAGAGCCGUAGUAAGGGUUCCAGACUCAACAUCAUCAUCAUUGCUGAGGGAGCAAUCAACAGAAAAGGCGAGCCCAUCACUUCCAGCUACGUCAAAGAUCUUGUUGUAAAGCGGUUGGGCUACGAUACCAGAGUGACUGUUCUGGGCCACGUGCAGAGAGGAGGAACUCCUUCAGCCUUUGAUCGAGUACUAAGUAGUAAGUUGGGAAUGGAGGCAGUGGUGGCACUGAUGGAGGCGACUCCUGAUACCCCCGCCUGUGUGAUCAGCCUGUCCGGUAACCGGUCGGUGAAGCUGCCCCUCAUGGAAGCGGUGGAAAUGACUAAAGCGGUACAGAAGGCUAUGAAUGAGAAGAGGUUUGAGGAGGCCAUUCAGCUGCGUGGAAGGAGCUUUGCGAACAACUGGAGCAUUUACAAGUUACUGGCGUACCACAAGCCUUCUCAAGUCAUGAGCAACUUCUCAGUGGCCAUCCUGAACGUGGGUGCUCCAGCAGCUGGGAUGAAUGCAGCUGUGAGGUCUGCAGUGAGGGUGGCACUAGCAUCUGGCCACAAAGUCUACACUGUUCAGAAUGGAUUUGAGGGUCUCGCCAAUGGAGAGAUUAAAGAGAUUUCUUGGAGUAGUGUGGGUGGUUGGACCGGUCAAGGUGGCUCAAUUCUGGGGACUAAACGAACCCUACCCAAUACCUGCAUGGAAAAGUUAGUUGAAAAUCUUACCAAGUACAGCAUCCAGUCACUGCUAGUAAUUGGUGGCUUUGAAGCCUAUGAAGGAAUAUUAGAGUUGUAUGAUGCCAGGGGGCGCUACAACGAGCUGUGCAUUCCCAUGUGUAUCAUUGCUGCCACCAUCAGCAACAAUGUCCCUGGGACUGAAUUCAGUCUGGGUGCUGAUACUGCUGUCAAUGCAGCUAUGGAGAGCUGUGAUAAGAUCAAACAGUCAGCUACAGGAACAAAGAGGAGGGUAUUUGUGGUGGAAACCAUGGGAGGAUUUUGUGGAUACCUGGCAACCACCACUGGCAUUGCUGUGGGAGCUGAUGCUGCAUAUAUAUUUGAGGAGCCUUUCAAUAUCCAUGAUCUGAAGACAAACGUCGAGCAUUUGGCAGAGAAAAUGAAGAAGGAUAUCCAGCGGGGUCUGGUGCUGAGGAAUGAGAAAUGCCAUCCACAGUACAGCACUGAUUUCAUCUAUAACCUGUACACUGCUGAAGGGAAAGGAGUGUUUGACUGCAGGGUCAAUGUGCUCGGACAUCUCCAGCAGGGAGGCGCACCUUCACCUUUUGAUAGGAACUUUGGUACAAAGUUGGGUGUGAGGGCCGUGCAGUGGCUUACUGAGAAGAUGGCUGCCACCUUCAGACAAGGUUCUGUGUUUGCUAACUCCCCGGAAACAGCGUGUGUGUUGGGUCUGAAUGGCAAAACGCUCACGUUCACCCCUGUGGAUGAACUAAAGAAGCAGACUGACUUUGAACACAGAAUGCCCAAAGAGCAAUGGUGGCUGAAUCUGCGACUGCUGCUCAAGAUGCUGGCCAAAUACCAGACCAGCUUUGAUCAGUAUGUCACAGGAGAGAUUAGACACGUGACCCUUCGUUCUCUCAGUCAAGACCAAGGGUUUUAGACAGCGACAUACGUUACGUUGAUGUGCACCAGCGUACCUAUUUACACCAGCUACACUUUCUUCCAAGGAAGUUUAUAACCACAAUCUGUGGUUGAACUGGAUUGAUUGGUUAUAGCGUCAACAUGUUUAUUACUCUGCAGAGUCAUGCUUGGUGCUCCAUUUGAAGCAGGGAACAACACUCCUGUCAAUGCAGUAUCUAAACUAGCAUUUUGCCAAAUAAUUUUUUUUUACAUUUAAAGUCUAUAAAAAUAGCAGGGAACAAUAGUACUAUUGAUACAGUGUAUAAACUCUCAAGGGCUAUAUUCACAAAAAAUCUCAACAUUCCACUGAGUGUUCUAAUCAAUGGCACUAAUAGUUCCUAGUAAAAUAAAUUGACUGAAUUCAAAUGACUGAAGCAGCGAUGAAACUCCUAAAUGAAAUCACAUUGAAAUUGCUGUUAAAAAAAAAAAGAUAUCGAAAGUUCUUUUUAACAAUUAAUGUUUAGUACAUGCAAACAAAACUCUAAAUGUUACCUUGUCAAAUAUUUGCCAAGUUGAAUAGUUAGUCCGUAAGAUUGACGCACUGCAAAAUAAUGACACAAUAGCAUUUAAUUUUAGGUCCAUUUAACUAGAGUAUCUAAAGUAUUGAAAGAUUUCUUAAUUCGCAUCUUAUUCCCUAAAGUAAGCACUGGUUCGUGGUCGGUUGGCUUUUGAAACUAUGAAUUUUUGGGAAAUGUGUGAAAAUUUGUUUGAUGGUUUGGGCAGUUCUUGGUCAUUUUUGAGUUGUGUUUUACAUUUACAUUUUUACUAUGGCCAAUUUUAGAUCUGUUCAUGAUUCGGUCUUAGUGACAAAGAAGUCUUCUGGACAUGUUGUCUCAGGUUUAAGAGCUGCUUUUAAUGCUAAAAGCUUUAAAAGAACAAUCAGGACCAAGUACAAAGCUAAAAUGCUCUGUGAUUUACUUUUACACACACACACGCGCACACACACACAAAAACAAUCAGCUUUGAAGAACCAUAAACUUAGGACUAGCAUGUCCUAUGACUAGAGUUUGUCCUAAAUUACCAGUGAGGCCAAUUAAACCUUAGGCUUUUUUGUGACUACAGCCCAUGACAUCUUAAACAAAAUAGUAUGAUUACAGAUUGCCAAAAAUGUCAUUAUUUUUAACUGUAAAUCCUACAAUAGAAAUGGUCAAGCUCUACCAGCAGCCUCCCCUGCCUUACACACUGGUAUAUUUUACUUAAACUGUUUCACACUGGAACCUUAAGAAUCCGAAAUCCAAGCUUCUCAUACGUGAUUGUGUAAUUUUGUGCUUAUGUAAUGUGAGGUGUACUUAUUCAAGUGUAAAGUUAUUCAUAAGCAAGGAAAGAAAAUACUCGCCAGUAUUGCUGUUCAUAAUGUGGUGAUAUUCUAUUCUAAGCAUUUGAUGACUGAUUUUACAGUUGGCAUGUACCAAAAACAUCUAAACUGGCUUUCCACCUGUUUUUGGAAAACACAUUUUAACACUCCUUUGUAUAAAGUAAUGGAAAAACUGAAACUUAAAUGUGAACUGAAUGUCAUAAAUGAAACAAAGUCCUGACAUUGUUGAUAAAUUAUUUUAUAGACAUCUGAACAGCUUAUGUUCAGAGCAAGAAAACACAUCAAACUUUUAAAUUAAGCUGUAACAUACCAGUAGAUUAUAAAUAUAUGUUUUUAAUACCAAGGCAUUUUAAACCUAGGGGUGUUUUUCAUGACAUCAAACAGAAGUUAUGUGAAAUUUUGUUUUGUGAUUAAUUGUAUUUUCAGCAUUCAUUCACCUUAACUGAACAUUACAAAUACAAUACUAUUAAACUGUAAACAUUUCUUUCAA